AUGUCUGCUUCCAUCUUUCGUGCCGCCGCCCGCGGUUUCCGGGCACCCCUCGUCGCCCGCCCCGCUGCCAUGACCACGCGCACUGCCUUUGUCCAGAAGGCCGCCUUCAGCGCCGGUGCCCGCCUCCGGUCUGAGCACCAGGAGGAGACCUUUGAGGAGUUCACCGCCAGGCAGCUCCGUGGCCGCGCUGCACAGCUCCGAUUAGACGUCUCCGCUUGCUCGAUUUACUAUCCCGACGGCUUCUUGGGCCAAUUGAGUCGCAAACUGAAGCUGACAUCGAAUGUUUGGUCUAGAUAUGAGAAGGAGUUUGACUCUGUCCAGGACGUCUUCGAGCUCCAGCGCAACCUGAACAACGCCUUCGCCUACGACCUGGUCCCGUCACCGUCUGUGCUGAUUGCUGCGUUAAAAGCCGCCCGGAGAGUCAACGACUACCCGACCGCCGUCCGCGUUUUCGAGGGCAUCAAGGCCAAGGUCGAGAACAAGGGCCAGUACCAGCAGUACCUUGAGGAGCUCAAGCCCUUGAAGGAGGAGCUCGGCAUUGUCCUGAAGGAGGAGCUGUACCCCGAGGAGUCCGCCUAA